UAUCAUUAAGGCAAUUCAAUCAGUACUCAAAAGUCACCGAGCCAUGGAACAGUUGAAAGAAACUCCCUUAACCAAUUGGUUUGCAAGCAGACGUGUCAUGGACAAUCUAAUAGAAAGUGCAGAUGGCAAAAUGACGUAUCAAGGAAUUGAAUUACAUCACUUCAAUGAUGUUGUUGUGAACAGCUGCAGACAGCAAGCUUUAAGUGAUCUGAGAAGAUUGGAUGAUGAAUUGAAGGAAAGACUUUCAUGGUCAGACACAAAACUUAUGAGGGCUAUUAUGGUUUUCUUGGACACACAAGCCUGGUACUCACACAAAACCGAUGAGUCUUUCUCUCAUCAGCUUACAGAGGCUGUUUCAAUGCUAGUUGAGAAUUUCCGAGCUCCUCUCGAGGCCAAGGCUACUGAUCUAGCAGCAAUUCAGGAAGAAGCCAAGGAGAUGCUUGACUAUGCACAUCAAUAUCUUCGAGUGGACAGAGAUGGGUAUCAACAUGUUUGGUACCGCUUGGCGUUUGGACCUGACUGCACGCAAUUUAGGAAUUUAAUUGCUAUUGCACAGCUCCUUUUCAGCUUACCGUUUAGUACUGCAAAAGUAGAACGCCUUUUCUCCCGCUUAAAACUUAUUAAAACUGAUCGUAGAACAAGUCUUAGUCAGGAGACGUUAUCUGAUCUGCUAGAGGUCAGUGUUGAGGGAACUGAACUUGAAAAUUUUGAUUCAAGCGCUGCUGUACAGUUAUGGUGGUCAGACUGUUCAAGAACUCGUCAUGAAAGUCAUCCCCAAAAAAUAAAAAUUGAAUGCAGCAGCGAGACCAUUCAUCAACAAGAAGACACUUCAGCGAUCAAUGAGGCAACUGAAACAAUAUGUGAGGCAGAGCAGUCGGUAUCUCUGGAUGAUUGGGACUCUUGGAUCUUGAAUGAUGAGUGAAAUAUGGUCACAGUACCACAACUUGCAUCGUCACACUACCACAACUUGCAUCGUCACAUGCACUAGCACAACUUGCAUGAUGUCAGAAUAGCAUCUCAGAUCUGUAGUAACUAGUUAUGUUCGAACAAAUAUGCUUAUAGUGUGGUGUUAGAGUAAAUUGCUUAAUUUGAUGUAAAACUGUAACAUUAUAAAGGAAAGCAGUUCACAGUUUGCUAUGUUUUGUUAGUUACUGCAAUUUUAGGUGCUUUCAUGUUGUAAACUAAUGCCUACUUCCUUAGUAAUAUGUGUAUUCAACUGACUCUUGUUUCUUGGUUUAUGAUUGCUAAUUAAAUUAGAGAUUACUAAUUUUUGAUUACUAACUGCUUUUGAUUACUAAUUAAAUUAGACGACCGGUAAAAAAUUUGAAUGACCGGCUAACUUCUGGCAUUACUGGCCAUACGGCCGACUAACUUUGAAAACUAAU